AUGGCUGAGCAAGGCAAAUUGCACGACCCCGUCGUCGAAGCGUACUCCGCCAACUCCUCUCCCACCAUCGAUCCCAACGAGCGCCGUCGCCAGGCCCUCGAGCAGAUUGAUAAUGCCGAGUUUGGCUGGCGUCAUGUCCGUGCCUGUAUCGUUGCUGGUGUUGGUUUCUUCACUGAUGCCUACGACAUCUUUGCCAUCAACAUGGCUUCCGCCAUGUUGGGUGUCGUCUUCUGGGUCGACAGCAACAAAGGAAAAAUCCCUAGCAACUCCGAUACAGCUAUCAAGGUUUCCACCUCGGGCGGUACUGUCAUCGGUCAGCUCGCGUUCGGUUGGUUGGCUGAUCACGUCGGCCGUAAGAAGAUGUACGGUCUCGAGCUCAUCAUCAUGAUCUUCGCUACUCUCGCUCAGGCUCUCUCCUCCGAUUCUCCCGGCAUGUCCAUUGUUGGAGUUCUCGUCUUCUGGCGUGUCAUCAUGGGUAUCGGUAUUGGUGGCGACUACCCUCUGUCCUCUAUCAUCACUUCCGAAUUCGCUACUACCAAAUGGCGCGGUGCUAUGAUGGGUUCCGUCUUUGCCAUGCAGGGUAUUGGUCAGUUGACCGGUGCCAUCAUUGCCCUGAUCGUGACUGCCGGUUUCAAGGAGUCCCUCGAGACUGCCGCCACCGUCGCCAAGUGCACUGGCGUUUGCCAGCUCGCCGUCGACAAGAUGUGGCGUGUUGUCAUUGGUUUCGGUGCCGUCCCUGCCUGCAUUGCUCUCUACUACCGUUUGACCAUCCCUGAGACUCCUCGAUACACCUUUGAUAUCAACCGCGACGUUCUCCAGGCCAGCCAGGACAUCAAUGCUUACUUGGCAGGAGCCUCUGAGGGUCAUCCCGACGAGGUCCAGCGUGCUGCUGCUCUCCAAAAGGACAGCCAGCGUCUCGCUGCCCCCAAGGCUUCCUGGUCCGACUUUAUCAACCACUACAGCCAGUGGAAGAACGGCAAGGUCCUUCUCGGAACAGCUGGUUCCUGGUUCUUCUUGGAUGUUGCUUUCUACGGUCUUGGUCUCAACAACUCCAUCAUCUUGUCGAAUAUCGGCUGGUCCGGCGGUUCCAACGUCUACCACAUUUUCUACCGGUCCGCUGUCGGUAACUUGAUUCUCAUCUGUGCCGGUGCCAUCCCCGGUUACUGGGUUACCGUUGCGACUGUUGACACCAUUGGUCGCAAGCCUAUCCAACUCGGCGGUUUCAUCAUGCUUACCAUCCUCUUCAUUGUCAUCGGUUUCGCUUACGAGCCAUUGAAGCACUCCCACAACGGUCUCCUUGCCCUCUACGUCUUGGCUCAGUUCUUCUUCAACUUCGGUCCUAAUGCCACCACCUUCAUCGUGCCAGGAGAAUGCUUCCCCACCCGUUACCGUUCCACCUCCCACGGUUUAUCUGCCGCCUCUGGCAAGGUCGGUGCCAUCAUCGCUCAGUGUGUCUUUGGACCUCUUGUCCACCGUGGUGCCCCUGCUGGUUCCUCCGACACCCCCUGGCUCAAGCAUGUCAUGCAGAUCUUUGCUCUCUUCAUGCUCUGCGGUUGCUUCACCACUCUCUUGAUCCCCGAGACCAAGCGCAAGACCCUUGAGGAACUCUCCGGUGAGGAUCUUUACUGGGACAGCACCCCUACUCUCGGUGCUCCUGCCGAGAAGGUCGCCGAAGAGGGCCUCGCUGGUAGCCACAACGGCAACGGCGCUUCCCACUAA